AUGAACAACUUACCACAUUUUCCAAGUUUCGAUCUUGAGACGGACAAAACAAAUUCAGGAGCACGGUGGGAAAAAUGGAUUGGUCGUUUAGAGAAUUUAUUCAAGGGAAUGUUGGUGGACGAUGAUGACCAAAAAAGAGCUUUAUUAUUACACUACGCCGGUGAAAAGGUUUAUGAUAUUUAUGACGUUGAGAAGAAAGAGACGGAAGAAACUUAUGACGCAACAAAGAAAGUGCUUGGGGACUAUUUUUCGCCACAGAAGAACAUCCAAAUAGAGAUAUACAAUUUUCGAACAUAUAAACAAUCAGAAGAACAAUCCCUUGACGAAUAUGUGACGGAAUUACGGACACUAGCUAAAACCUGUGGGUUUACAGAUAUUGAUGGCGAAAUAUUGCAGCAAGUUAUACAACACGGGAAAUCUAACCAGUUACGUCGUAGGGCUUUACGUGAACCUGACAAAAAACUGGAUGCUAUUUUAACUAUGGGUAGGAUGCUUGAACAAAGUGACCAACACGCCAAAGUAAUGGAGAAAAAUGACCAAAACUUAGUAAGGAAAGUAUCAAAUUACACACGAAGAGGGCGAGGUGGAACAACACGUGGGAGAACGGCUGCACGACGUGGAUUUAACUCGCAGAACCGUGGGAAUUUUCGGGAGACUGGCCAAUCGUAUCAGCGCGGGAAUUAUCGGCGCGCGUUGCCAACCAAUAAAUGCAGGAAUUGCGGAUAUGAAUUUCCCCACAGAGAAGUUAUAAAUGAGCCUACACCUUGGGUUUCACCAAUUGUCACACCUCCAAAACAAAAUGGCGAUGUUAGACUCUGUGUUGAUAUGAGAGAGGCCAAUAAAGCCAUAGAAAGGGAAAGACAUCAAAUGCCGACGAUAGAUGAACUAAUUCAUGAUAUGAAUGGAGCAAAAAUAUUCAGCAAGCUUGACCUCAAAGCCGGGUACAAUCAGCUUGUCUUACAAGAAGAAUCGCGGUAUAUCACAACAUUUGCUACACACAUGGGACUUUAUCGGUAUAAACGUUUGAAUUUUGGGACAAAUUCUGCUAGUGAGGUUUUUCAAAAGACCAUAAGUGAAGUAAUACAGGGUAUAGAGGGAUCUAAAAACAUUUCGGAUGAUAUUAUUGUAUACGCGAAAAAUCAAAGUGAUCACGAUAAAGCAUUAGAUAAAGUUUUCCGGGCUAUACACGAAAGUGGCAUGACAUUAAACAAAUCUAAAUGUGAGUUCAAUAAAAAAGAAAUCACUUUUUUUGGAGUAGUAUUUGGGCAAAAUGGAAUGUCACCUUCACCUCAGAAGGUAGAGGCAGUCAAACAAAUGCUGGAGCCUACAAAUGUGACGGAAAUGAGAAGUUUUCUGGGAAUGACGUCAUAUUCGUCGCGGUUUAUACGAAACUACGCGACAAUCUCUGAACCGUUACGACGUCUUACAAGAAAUGACACUCAAUGGGAAUGGGGAAGUGAGCAACAAGCAGCAUUCGAGAAAUUAAAAAGUGAACUGAGCAGUGAAACUGUCAUGGCAUACUUCAAUCCGAGCAAAGACAUUGAAGUAAUAACAGAUGGAUCACCUGUGGGAGUCUCGGGAAUACUCACACAAGAAGGCAAGGUGGUGGCUUAUGCAUCUCGAUCUUUAACACAAGUGGAAACGAGGUACAGUCAGACAGAACGAGAAGCACUGGCUUUGGUAUGGUCAUGCGAACAUUUUGCGAUGUAUCUAAAGGGAGCACCAACAUUCACAUGCAUUACUGAUUGCAUGCCGUUAACUAAAAUUUGGGAAAAGAAACAACCACCACUAAGAAUCGAACGUUGGGGAUUGCGACUUCAACCGUUCAAAAUGAAAAUAGAGUAUAGGUCAGGGAAAGAUAAUCCCUCAGACUUUAUGUCCCGUCAUCCAUUACAACAUAAGGAGGAACGAAAUAUAGCAGAGGAAUACGUGUCAUUUGUCGCAGAGCAAUCAUUACCAAAUGCAAUGACAAUAGAUGAGGUAAAAAUGGAAUCAUUGAAAGAUAAGACAAUGCAAAAGGCAGUCGAAUUUACAAAGAAUGGUAAAUGGUAUGAAUUGAAAACACUGAAUGACCCAGAAAUAGACAAAGAAGAAUUAUCAUCUUUUCGUAGUAUAAAGGACGAAUUGACUGUGUAUAAUGAAACAUUAUUGAUGAAAAAUGAUAAACUAGUGAUUCCAAAAUCACUCCGUGAAAAAGCAAUAAAACUAGGACAUGAAGGUCACCAAGGAAUUGUGAAAACAAAAAGUUACAUAAGAUCGAAAGUAUAUUUUCCAAACAUGAAUUCUGAAAUCGAAGCUGCAAUUCAAAAGUGUUUAGCAUGUCAAUCAAAUUCAAAUGAACAAAGACCGCGUGAACCUUUGAGAAUGAGUGAAUUGCCGUCGGGACCUUGGCUCAAUAUAAGCGCUGACUUUUGUGGUCCGUUAGAAAACGGGGACUAUUUACUUGUGAUAAUAGACGAGUAUUCGAGAUAUCCGAUAGUUGAAAUAAUAAAAAAUAUUUCAGCAAACACAGUUAUACCGGUGUUCGACAAGAUUGUAUCAAUGUUUGCUAUACCGAAAGUGAUAAAAACCGACAAUGGGUCUCCAUUUCAAAGCAAAGCAUUUGCUGACUUCAUGAAAUUUUACGGCAUAAUUCAUCGGAAAAUUACACCGAGAUGGCCAAGAGCAAAUGCCCAAGCAGAAUCCUUCAAUAAACCACUGAUGAAGAUUGUAAAAUCUUCAUUUAUUGAGGCGCGAAACUACAAACAAGGACUGUAUGAUUUCUUAAGACAAUACCGAGCGACACCACACGUAUCGACUGGUUAUACGCCAUUCAAGUUAAUGUUUGGUAGAGAUCCGACGACUCGAAUGCCAAACAUCGGUCAUGGUAAAAGUGGAAAUCUUCAAACAAGAGAAAUAACGCAACAGAACGACGAUUUUUCGAAAAUGAAAGCAAAACGAUAUGAAGACGAACGGAUACAUGCAAAGGACAGAUCAAUUAACGUAGGGGAUCGUGUGUUAGUAAGAAAUGAAGCCAGAACAAAAUCUGAUUCAAUAUACAAACCUACGCCAUAUACGGUUAUUGACAGAAAAGGGACAAUGAUAAGUGUUAGGAACGAUGCUGGUCAUUGUAUGACUCGAAAUUCGUCAGUUAUGAAAACUGUUGAUCCUGGAAUUGUCGGGAACGAACCGGAAACAUCUGAAAACGACCUCGAUGAAGGGGAGAUAAUAGGAAAUGAACAGAAUUCACACGCGAGUCCGCAAUCGGGUUUGGCGAGGACAAGGCCAACACGUGACAGACGUCCUCCGCCAUACUUAAAAGAUUAUGUGCCGCGCUAA